AUGCCUGGUGACCGGCGCACCUUCUCGGGCGUGUCCAUGUCGACCAACAAGUCGGUCAACGGCUCCAACUCGCAGGUCAGCCAGAAGAUCAAGAACUUUUUCCGCAUCACCUCAUCCUCCACCAAGGAUGAGCUGAUUGGCCAGGGAAAGACCAGUUCUGAAGGCCCCUCGACCCCGCGCUCUGAACACAAACUCCGCAACAGUCGUUUCCUGCCACACAUCGGUCGAAAUAGGAGUCAGACCGUCGCCAGCGAAGGCAAUGCUCUCGACGAACUGAGCCCUACCGCUAACGCCAAUCCCUACUUCGCACACCAGGGCCCGCCUGCUAUCCGCCAUCACAACGCCGACAGUGUACCUCCGAGUCCCCCGGACACACCCAUCAAGAAAGGCCAGGAAGCUGAAGACGAAGCUGCUGCUGUGGCCGGUAAAGAAGAGCUGGCACGGAAAUUGCGUCGCGUUGCUAGUGCUCCCAAUGCCCAGGGCCUAUUCUCAAAGACCAACUCCAAUGACAGCAGGCCACAGACCUCCGACAUGAUGGCCAAGACCUCUCCCCUCGCUCAGCAACACUCCAAUAUUUCGGUGCAGUCAAUGGUCGAGACAGUGCCUAUGAGCAGCUCUCCUGAUCUGCUUCCCGUACCUGGUAUUCCCAGCCCUGGCAAGAUUAGAAGUGCGGCCGCCUUCCGUAGGACCUAUAGCAGUAACAGCAUCAAAGUACGCGAUGUCGAAGUCGGUCCCGGAAGCUUCGACAAGAUCAAGUUGAUUGGCAAGGGUGAUGUUGGAAAGGUAUAUCUGGUGCGCGAGAAGAAGAGCUCAAGAUUGUACGCCAUGAAAGUGCUCAGCAAGAAGGAAAUGAUCAAGCGCAACAAGAUCAAGCGUGCUCUGGCCGAGCAGGAGAUUCUAGCCACCAGCAACCACCCAUUCAUCGUCACACUGUAUCAUUCUUUCCAAUCAGAAGAACAUUUAUACCUUUGCAUGGAAUACUGCAGUGGAGGCGAGUUUUUCAGAGCUCUGCAAACUCGCCCCAACAAGUGUGUGGACGAGGACGCCGCUCGCUUCUACGCCGCAGAAGUCACCGCCGCACUCGAGUAUCUGCAUCUUAUGGGCUUCAUCUACAGAGAUCUUAAGCCUGAGAACAUUCUUCUUCACCAGUCAGGCCAUAUCAUGCUUUCAGACUUUGACCUUUCCAAGCAGUCAGACCCCGGCGGUGUUCCCACUAUGAUCAUGUCUGGCCGUAACGGUGUCUCGAACAACCCCAACAACAUGCCUGCCAUUGACACCAAGUCGUGUAUCAACAACUUCCGCACAAACUCCUUUGUGGGUACAGAAGAGUAUAUUGCACCUGAGGUUAUCAAGGGUUGUGGUCACACUAGUGCAGUUGAUUGGUGGACAUUGGGAAUCUUGAUCUACGAGAUGCUUUACGGCACGACACCAUUCAAGGGAAAGAACAGAAACGCCACUUUUGCAAACAUCUUGAGAGAUGAGGUGCCCUUCCCUGAGGGCAGUGGCUAUCCUAACGUCAGCAGUUUGUGCAAGUCUCUGAUUCGCAAGCUUCUGAUCAAGGACGAACUUCGUCGACUAGGCUCUCGCGCUGGCGCGUCAGACGUCAAAGGCCACCAGUUCUUCCGUACCACACAAUGGGCUCUGCUACGCCACUCCAAGCCUCCAAUCAUACCCAACCAGGGCCGUGGCAUCGACACUGUGAACUUCAGAAAUGUCAAGGAAAGUCAUAGUGUCGACUUGGGUGGUUCCAAGAUGAAGGGUGUACCCCUCGAUAGCAAUCUGGCCACGCCGGGCGGCGAGCUCGCGGAUCCAUUCGAGGAGUUCAACUCCGUUACGUUGCAUCACGAUGGAGACGACCAACAUCAAGAUCAUCAAUAUCACGAGGAGCAGAGAUAG